AAUUGAACCAUGGACACUUAUUAUUAUUUACCAAAAAAGCAAAAGUUUUCUUCUUUCUCCAUUGUCCUGUUUUUCUUCUCAAUAAUUGUUAUACUUUCUCGGUGCUUCAUAGUGAAAAGUCAAUAAACUCCAUACAGUUCUUUCCAUUGCUACCUUUAACAUAAUAUAGUUGGUUAUUCUUUUUCUUGCAAUAAUUUGUACCUACUCAUUGUUCUAAUGGUGAUUGUAACAUUGGCUUCUUGGUUGGUGAGUCCUUCUAAAACUUAAUUGUAGUGAAGGAUUCUGUUCUGUUCUGUUUUGUUUCCGUUCUCUUUCAUUGUAUAACAUGGCCUUUGAGGAAUCUGAGCUUAUGAUUCCGGAGCUAGAAAGAGAGGAAAACCUGAUCGCCGCAGCGAGGCACGUUGUGAGGGCAUUAGGAUCAAAGAAGAAUCUCACCGGCGACGCGAAGAAGAUUCUAGCAGAUCUUGGAACUCAGCUGCGUUCAAUUAGCAUAGCGAGUUCAAAGGAGAAAGACCUAGAAGAUAGGCUCAACGCCAUUGAGGAGGUAAUAAUGAACUGGGAGGAAGAUCAGAGCGAGUAUUUGAACGCCGCGGACGAAACGCGACGGUUGAUUGAGAAGUUAGAGAGCUCAACUUUAAGCAAAGAGGACAAAGAAUAUAAGCUUUUGCAUAGAGCUUAUAGCAUUCUCCAAACCGCUAUGUCUCAGCUCGAACAAGUCUUCAAGAACUUGCUUAGCCAGAACACGCAGCCUUUUGAGCCUGAAUACGUGUCGUUUAGAAGUGAAGGUGACUUUUCUGAUGAGAAUUCAGUGGUGUCGUUCGGUGAUGAGUCCGUCGAAUCGUUCCGGAGAGACAGUAUCAACGAUCCGGUUAGUCCAGAUGUGAUUCUUCAUCUUCGGUGCAUUGCUAGUUUGAUGUUUGCUUCCGGUUAUCGCCAGGAAUGUUGCCAUGCUUAUACCAUGGCGCGAAGGGAAGCGUUGGAACAAUGCUUGGCAAUUCUUGAAAUUGAAAAACAAAGCAUUGAGAAUGUCCUGAGAAUGGAGUGGACUGCUCUGAAUUCCAAGAUCAAACGGUGGAUUUGGGGAGUCAGAAUCUUUGUUAGGGUUUAUCUUGCAAGCGAGAAGUGGCUUGCUGACCGGAUUUUCGGGGAAGGCGAACCGGUAAGUCAAGUUUGUUUUGUUGAUGCAUCAAAGUCUUUGAUGUUGCAGCUUCUGAAUUUCGCCGGAGCCGUUUCAAUUGGCCCGCGCAAACCUGAGAAAUUGUUCAAGAUUCUUGACAUGUAUGAGGUCCUUUCAAGCCUUGUACCGGAAGUUACCGAUUUGUAUCAAGACAAGGCCGGUUCGUCCGUUAGGUUCGAAUUUCUCGAGGCAAUAACAGGAUUAGGCGAUUGCGUGAAGGCCACGUUUCUUGAAUUCGAGCAUGCCAUUGCCUCGGACGGUGCAUCAACUCCUUUUGUUGGAGGAGGAAUCCAUCCAUUAACCAGAUAUGUGAUGAACUAUCUUGAAACUUUAACUGACUACGGCGAAAAGCUUAAUCAUCUUCUGAAGGACAAAGAAGAAACAGAGGAGGGAAAGAUGGCGCGCCACUUCCGGUCCGUGGCAUCGAUCUUAGAAUUCAAUCUUGAUGAGAAAUCCAAAUUAUACAAAGAUGUUCCCUUGCAGCACCUCUUCUUAGUGAAUAACAUCCAGUACAUGGCUAGAAAGGUUAAAGGAUCUGAUGAACUUGGGUCGAUUUUCGGAGACGAUUGGAUCCGAAAGCGCAAAUCCAAGUAUAGGCAGCAUGCAAUGAAUUACCAGAGACAUAGUUUGAGUCCAAUUCUUUCCUUUCUUAAAGAUGAUGGAAUCCAAAUGCAAGGAACUACUAGCAAUGUUGGCUCAAAGAAUGUUCUUAAAGACAAGUUAAGAAGCUUCUACAUUGCAUUCGAGGAUCUUUAUAGGGUCCAAACAGCUUGGAACAUUCCAGAUAUUCAGCUUCGCGAAGAACUGCGAAUUGCGCUGUCCUUGAAGGUGGUCCAAGCUUAUAGACAAUUUGUAGGGAGGCAUGGUAAUCAGAUUAGUGAGAAGCACGUUAAAUAUAGUGCUGAAGAUUUAGAAGCUUAUAUUUUGGAUUUCUUUGAGGGAGCUGCAAAAUCAUUGCAAAGUCCCCGGAAGAAGUAAAGACAGGAUCAAGGAUAAAAAAAAGGUUCCGGAUGUAUAAAAGAUUACUCACUAAAUCAGUUAUCAUGUAUUUUAAAUGUGUAGUAUUUUAUAUUUUUAUAUAUAAUUUAUUAAGAUAACUGAUUUGAUAGCUGAUUUUUAAUGUACAUAAUAGCUGGAAUGAUAAUUGUGAUCCAUCUCUAAGGGAAGCUUGUUGUAUUUGUACUAUAUAUAAUAAAUUAAUAACAAAACUGGUUAGGGUCCAUGCCAAAACCUUAUUGUUCUUCCACUUA